CCUUAGCUCACGCGUUUGCACUAGCUCCUACAACCGACGUCGCAAAAUGUCAAUUGUCGAUUUCGACGAAUCUGAGCGCGGGGUCGCCUUGUGCCCUGAGGAUUUCCCUCUGGGAUAUAGCAACGGGCAGCAUCCUGGUGAUUACAUCGAGAUGGACGCGCCCAUCGUGCCGGAGUUCACUUUCCACCACAUCCGCGGCAAGUUCAACCGGCUUUGGUGGCGCGUCUCAUGGAAGCUUCGCACUGGCAAGUUCAUUACCAUGAGCUUUCUCCUCGACACGGGCGCCCCGAAGCACAUGUACCUCUGCGAUAAGGCGCUCAGGGCGCUUGAGAAGGACGGCCAGAUGGCGGAGGACGCGGACCUUGACAUCCAGUACACGACCCUGCUUGGCCGCAAGUGCCCCGUGGAGCCUCCUGCCGUGCACCAGCCCGCCGCCAACAUCAUCGGCCUCAAGCUCCUCAUGCGCUUCGGCCUGCGGCUGUACAACGAGCACCCGUUCUUCUCAUUCAGCUCAGACAUUCCCUACCUCGACGCAGCAGCGCAGUAACUGAACAGGCUGCUCGCUGCGGCCUGCAUCCAGCAGUCAAGUGACGCCAGAAUGCGGCUGUGCCGCCAUUACCGUAUGCGGUACGACAGGGGCGCCCUGCAUGGUGUUGGUGGCGGCAAGCAGGCAGUUCACGGCGGCGAUUGUAGUAGAUAGUGCAGUUACGUACCUUGGGGAAAGUGGUGCCACGCGCGGUCUGAGCCUCGCUGCGCGUUGGCGUGCGUGCGCAUUUGUGUGUUGAAGAACGCGUUUGUUCCUGUGGCGCUGCUGCUGCCUCGAGCGGCUGGGUGCCACAGCGGCGUCCUGCAUUUGUACUGUGAAAGGGCCGAGGCCAGGGCUGGCGGCGGCAUCUAAACAAGUUUUGCAUGAGGCCUACGCAGUGACGGGUGAGAAAAUGACAUGCGAACCCAAGCAUGGCAAGGGGCGGCCACGAUGAGCUGUCAUGUCAGCAGAGUGCCUCUAGACAACCCUAUACCUCAAGUCAUAGGGGGACCCCGCAUCCUUUCCAUUUAUGGUACGGUAGUCCACGCCAGGCCCGUAGCGGCCCAGGCAGGGGAGGGCCCCCCCUACCCUGGGCCCAGGCGUGCAUUGCUUACAUGACCGGGGCUUUGAACAUGGGGCUAAAAGGCUGGCGUACUUCUACAUUUGGAACUGUAGGGGUGGGAGGUGGAAGGUUCAGGUAGAGGCAGGUGGUGGGGCUCCCAUGCAUGGCUGGGAGCAGGGCCUACUAGCCCAAGCAAGGCGUAAGGCCAAAGGCGCAGGUGGCACGCCCCUUUCUCGGCGCUGAGGUUUAGAGCAGGGCUUCCGUACUGGUCCGUGUUGGCGCACGCCCUUCUGUGACGCGCAAGCAUAGGACUGUGCGAAACAGCACCCGACGGGCCAAACCCCGAA